UCAGGGAGCAGCCUGAAGAAGAGGAGGCUGCUGAGGAGGAGGAGGAAGCUUCUCCUCCCGCCCCCUCCCCAGCCCCCGAGGAGCCGGAGCCGUUGGCUGACCGAGAAGAGGAGCGCCCCAAACCAAGCCGGCCCUUGGUACCUCCGCUGAUCCCCCCAAAGAUCCCAGAGGGGGAACGUGUGGACUUCGAUGACAUCCACCGGAAGCGCAUGGAAAAAGAUCUGCUGGAGCUGCAGACGCUCAUUGACGUGCAUUUUGAACAGCGGAAGAAAGAGGAAGAGGAGCUCGUGGCGCUAAAAGAGCGUAUUGAGCGGCGCCGGGCGGAGAGAGCUGAGCAACAGCGCUUCAGAACCGAGAAGGAGCGCGAGCGUCAGGCUAAGCUGGUGGAGGAGAAGAUGCGGAAGGAAGAGGAAGAGGCCAAGAAGCGAGCUGAGGAUGACGCCAAAAAGAAGAAGGUUCUGUCCAACAUGGGGGCCCAUUUUGGGGGUUACCUGGUCAAGGCAGAACAGAAGCGGGGUAAGCGCCAGACAGGGCGUGAGAUGAAACUGCGCAUCUUGUCGGAGCGUAAAAAGCCUCUGAACAUCGACCACAUGGGAGAAGAACAGCUCCGGGAGAAGGCCCAGGAACUGUCGGACUGGAUCCACCAGUUGGAGUCAGAGAAGUUUGACCUGAUGGAGAAGAUGAAGCAGCAGAAAUAUGAGAUCAAUGUUCUCUACAAUCGCAUCAGCCACGCCCAGAAGUUCCGGAAGGGGGCCGGGAAGGGCCGCGUUGGAGGCCGCUGGAAGUGAGGAUCUGGGCACUGCCCCCCACCCCCCUCCAGGCACCCGGGAGCCCUUGGAGUGUGUGUCCCAUCUGUGGCUUGAAAUAAAUGCUCCCCCUGCAGCA